AUGUCUUCAAUGCGAAAUGCAACACAGCGCCGCAAUCAUCGAGAACGAGGACAGCCAUUAGAACGAGAAGCGAGGCUGGGAAUCCUUGAGAAGCACAAGGAUUACUCGCUAAGAAGCAAAAAUCAUAAUGAAAAUAAGAAGAGACUCAAGAUUCUUAGGCAAAAGGCUGCCGAGCGAAACCCGGACGAGUUCUCCUAUGGAAUGCUGAGCAGGCAGUCGAGAAAAGGGCAGAAGUUAGCAGACCGGCAAAAUCCGGUACUCGGCCAAGACGUGGUCAAAUUAUCGAAGACUCAGGACGCAGCAUAUGUCACUACUAUGCUUCAAAAGACGAAGCGGGCACGGGCAAGAUUAGAGCAGGAGUUUGUUCUAAGUGAGGACCAGGGUGCUGAAGUGCUGGGUGCGUCAUCGAGUCAGGAAACGGGAAGCCAUACGGUCUUCGUGGACAGUAGGGAGGAACAGACGCAGUACAAAGCGGCUGGAGAAUUUGCUUUUCCGCCAGGUUCUGCAACGAGAAAGCCGGGAUAUUCUUCUAUGAACGAGGAAGAGGACGACUCAGAUGGGAUGCCACUCAUGUAUUCGCCUAAAGAAGCUCCCAAGUCAGGUCGUGCGGCCGAACGUCAAGAGCUUGCCUUGAAGCAAGAUAAGCUCCUGCGCAAGCAGCACAGAAAAGAGCAGAAUGCACGAAGAUCGAAGUUGGCGGCGCUAACCGCUCGGGAAAGGGACCUCAUUAAAGCGGAGAAUGAGCUGGAUCUCCAGCGAGCAAAGAUGAGCAAUAGCGUGGGCGGAACCACCAAGGCUGGGGUGAAAUGGAAGAUUGAAGGGAGGACGUUUGUGGUUUCUGGGGGUGCGUCAGGCCUGGGAAGAGCUACGGUACGACAACUUGUAGAUAGAGACGGUUACGUUGCGAUCCUUGAUAUGAACGAAGAGAGCGGUCAAGCCUUAGUCCAAGAGCUCGGCUCUAGUUCCACCAGGUUCUUCCAAGCAGAUGUAUCAGAUACAGAAAGCAUAGCAGCAGCUGUCAAGGGCACAAAGUCGUGGGUCCAGCAGACCGGCAAAGAGAUAGGAGGCAUCAUAGCGGCUGCAGGAGUAUCCACACCCGCGAAGAUCAUUGAUCGUCAUGGGGAUCCUUUCGAUAUUAAAAGCUUUGAUUUUGUUAUGAAUAUCAAUGUGAGGGGGUCUAUAGAUCUAGUGAGGCAGCUAUUGCCACAUAUGAUCAAGGUGGAACCCGAGGCCCUAGAUGGUGAAAGAGGUGUGGUGCUGCUCGUUAGUUCAUCUGCGGCGUUCGAUGGGCAGCCGGGUCAGGUCUCUUAUGCAGCGUCAAAAGGAGCAUUGGCAUCACUGACCCUACCGUUGACAAGAGAUCUCGCAAAAUACGGAAUCAGAGUCGUUACCAUUGCACCAAGUCUUUUCGACUCUGGUAUGACUGCUCUGAUGAGCGACAAAGUAAGGGCAAGUUUGACCCGGGUCAUGGAAUUUCCGCUCAGACCAGGAAAACCCGAUGAAUUUGCAAGAAUUGUAAGAGAGGGCAUAGAAAACUCUAUGCUGAACGGCGUGGUUAUUCGGCUUGAUGGUGGAAUGAGAAUGCCGAGCAAAAUGUAG